UUCUGUUAAAAACAUGGUUUCUUGCACUACACUCUUCUUCAUUUCUUCAACUCCUUUCACUAGCUUCUCUUUUUCUUAUUAAAUCAUAUCAUAAAUGGGAAACAAUUGUUUCAACUCCUCCAACAAAUCAACGGCAGAGAUUGCUCCUUACAGCUUCAUCAAAUCUGCCACCGCCUCCGCCGCAACUUCCACCGUUACCGUCAAGUUAUACGGCUCCCCUACCUCAACUGUGACCUCCUAUAUCCGGUUUGCUCUCCUCUACAAAACUGUCUCUCUGCAGUUCAUCCCCACUACCGAUACGCAACCGGUUCUCCAAAUCGGUUCCGACACGGUUUCGGGUCCGCCGGAGAUGAUUCUCCGGUUAAUAGAAGCGAAAUUUCCGCAGCCGAGUUUGGUGGUGAAGGAAAGGGGGAGGGGCAGUGAUGGGUUGGGUGAAACGACGCCGUUGAUAGUGAAAGCGAUUGUGUUGCAACAUAGAAGUAUGACUUGGCAUUUGAAUAGGAUAGUGAGGUGGGGGGAGGAUCUUGCGACACGUGGAGGAAAGAAGACUGUUGAUCCGACAAUGGGGAGUCCGAGGAUGGAGAUGAAGAAGUUUGGUAAGAGUUAUUCGAUGUUGCUUGAGGUUAUGCUUGAGCACGCGCAGAUGGAAGAGCGCGUGGUUUUUCCUGUUCUUGAAAUGGCUGAUCGAGGGUUGUGUAAAGUUGCAAAUGAGGAACAUGGAAGGGACCUACCUCUCAUGAAUGGAAUCAAAGAAUACAUCAAAUCUAUUGCCGUUCUUGACACUGCUCAUCCUCACUUUAGAGAUGCUCUUUCCAGCCUUUCUUCUCGCCUCAAAUCCUUACUCAAACACUGUAAAGAGCACUUUGAGGAAGAGGAGAGAGAUGUUCUUCCAUUAAUGGAGGCUGUGGAGCUAACCAAAGAAGAGGGAGUUAGGGUAUUAGAGCAAUGUUUUGAUGUGAUGCAGGGGUCUCACUCACAUUUGCUCAACUUUUUAAUGGAAGGCCUUCUCCCUUGCGAAGCCAUGCUCUAUUUAGAUUUGAUCUUACGGUGCAAACACGAAGAGCGAGCGGGUUCCAUGCUUCGCAGCCUCAUUGAAUAGCCAAGCUCUCCAAGUGUUAAUGUGGUAUAUAGUAAUGAAAUGUGUUCAUACUUCAUACAACAAUGUGUUUGCUUUCUUUGUUCUUAGUUUUUAGUGGAAAGCAAAUGAUAUUAGUUUGUGCUGUUUUUUGUUGAAGUUUGUAGUUUUGAUAUGUGGGAAGCAAAUGUCCUUAUAAAUGGCCUUUUUAUGA